AUGUUCACUUGUAGUGGAGCAAAUAAUGGUAUUGGUGUAGCUGGUUUUGAAUUAAAUGCUAGCUAUGUAUUAAUAAUUCUUGGUUGGCUUUUUCUACCUGUUUAUAUAAAAGCUGAUAUUUAUACAAUGCCAGAAUUUUUAAAGAAAAGAUUUGGUGGUGAUAGAAUUCGUUUUUAUCAAACUACUUUAGCUUUAAUACUUUCAAUAUUUACAAAAAUAUCAGUUGAUCUUUAUUCUGGUGCAAUAUUUCUUAAUCAAGCACUUGGUUGGAAUAUGUAUAUAUCAAUUAUUGCACUUAUUUCUCUUGCUGCUAUAUUUACUAUUGGUGGAGGAUUAUCUGCUGUUAUUUGGACAGAUUUUAUUCAAACAAUUAUUAUGGUUAUAGCAGCUUUUAUUCUUAUGAUUAUAAGUUAUAUUCGUGUUGGUGGUUUACAAAUGAUAAAAAAUCUUUAUCCAUAUUCUGUUGCUGAUACAACUUUAUUUAAUAAUACAGUAUGUGGUAUACCAUCUGAAGAUUAUUUUAGUAUUAUUCGACCACUUAAUUCGAAUAAUGGUCCACCGUGGAUAGGUAUUAUUGGUAUGACCAUUGUUAUUGUUCAACGAGCACUUGCUGCUAAAAAUUUAACACAUGCUCGUGCUGGUUGUAUUGUUGCUAGUUAUUUAAAAUUUUUACCUCUAUUUCUUAUGAUUAUUCCGGGUAUGGUUGCACGUAUACUUUUUCCAGAUAAAAUUGGUUGUUCAAGUCCUCAAACAUGUAAAGAAGUUUGUAAUAAUGAAGCAUCAUGUACAGAUAUAGCUUAUCCAUUAAUUGUUAUUGAAUUAAUGCCAAGUGGUUUACGUGGUCUUAUGCUUGCUUGUAUGAUUGCAGCAUUAAUGACUUCAUUAACAUCAAUAUUUAAUUCAUCAUCAACUAUAUUUACUAUUGAUAUAUGGCAACGUUUUCGACCACGAGCAUUACAAUGGGAAUUACUUAUAGUCGGAAGAGUUUUUACAUUAAUACUUGUUGGAAUAUCAAUUCUUUGGAUUCCAAUUAUUUCAAUUGCACAAGGUGGUCGUCUAUUUGAUUAUAUUCAAUCAGUACAAAGUUUUCUUGCUCCACCAAUAUGUGCAAUUUAUCUUCUUGCUAUAUUAUGGAAACGAAUUAAUGAAGAAGGUGCAUUUUGGGGUCUGAUAUGUGGUUUAAUUAUUGGUUUAAUUCGUUUUAUUUGGGAAUUUUCAUAUUCAGUUCCACCAUGUGAAUUAUCACAUACAGAUCAACGUCCAACUGUAGUUAAAUUUCAUUUUCUAUAUUUUGCUGUUUUACUUUUUGUACUUACAUGUUUAAUAACGAUUACUAUUAGUCUUCUAACUCGACCAAUUCCUGAUCAAUGUGUAGGUUAA